UUCAGGGACAUAAAGAACUGCAGAAGAAAUGCAGGCUGUUAAUCAGCAGCCCCGAUGGAGUCCAGAUAUUGUAACUAACACCACCUCGCCACAGUUCCAGGGGUCAGAAUUCAUUCCAUUCCAGGACUAUUAAUAUAGCCUCCUAUUUAUAUUCCUGGGUUCCUGCAAUGCCAAGGCAGAAGAGCUACAGCUGCAGAGCUAAAGUGGAAUAAAUAUCAACCACCAAGGAGAAAGUACUCACUCUGGAGACGGCGUGGGAGAAGGGACAGGGAAAGGACAGAAUAAGAGUGUUCACAGAGCCUGGCAGCACAGAGCAAGCUGAUCUCCGCAGCACCCUUGGAGCUGCAGGCAGCAGACAGAACCAGUCAGUAACCUUCCUGCAAAAGGCAAGUCCACUCUGAAAGGCUGUCGAACAUGCACUUUCAGCGUCAUGUGCUGCACCUAGUGAAGAUGCUGGCAAAGACAUAGAGAGCAGAUUCAGACCGCUUAGUCAUCCAGUGCCAGGUGACGGUUCAGGAGAGGAAGCCAAAAGGGAACCCGAAAGGAAGCUCUGAGGCGUCUGGGAACGUUGCUCCCACAUUUGGAAAGAUGAUGAUGGAGACCUCAGGAGGGACGUAUCUGAACACAGCGGCAAUGGCAUCCCCGGUGGGAAUAGCCCGCGUACUGCAGGUAGUGUUUGGAUGUACAACUUUCAGUCUGGUAAUCCAUCAGGGAGGAUUCAGUGCAGCCUAUGGCACCUUCUGCAUGUUUGUCUGGUGCUUCUGUUUUGCUGUCACCAUGUUUAUAAUAACCUGCGAGUUCACCCGUCUCCACAGCUGCCUGAACAUCUCCUGGGGGAAUUUCACCGCUGCUUUUGCCAUGCUGGCCACACUCAUGUCUGUCACGGCCGCAGUCAUCUACCCACUUUAUUUUGCCCAACUCAGGUGUUACCCUAUCAGCUGUAAGGUGAGAGAUUUCCGAGUAGCAGCCAGUGUCUUUGCAGGGCUCCUGUUUGUGACUUAUGCUGUAGAGGUAUUUCUAACCAGGGCCAGACCAGGACAGGUGACCAGCUACAUGGCCACAGUCUCUGGCCUCCUGAAAAUUGUCCAGGCCUUUGUGGCUUGCAUCAUUUUUGGGGCACUGGUAAAUGACAGUCAGUACAGCAACUACGUGGCAACCCAGUGGUGUGUGGCUGUCUACAGCUUCUGCUUUGUGGUGACAGUGGUAGUAGUGGCCUUCAAUGUCACAGGGAAAACAGCGACACUGUGGUGCCCCUUUGAGCGCUUUGUGGUCAUCUACACGUUCAUGGCCAUCCUGAUGUACGUCAGUGCAGCCGUCAUCUGGCCAGUGUUCUGCUUUGACAGUAAGUACGGGUCUCCUGGGAGGCCUGACCAGUGCUCCAAGGGCCAGUGUCCCUGGGACAGCCAGCUGGUGAUUGCCAUAUUUACUUAUGUGAACCUGGUACUUUACACGGUGGACCUAGCGUACUCUCAGCGCAUCCGUUUUGUUUCACAUCCUUAAAGUCCAGCACUGCUCCUGUAAAAUCAUCACAGCUCCAACAGCUACACAGACUUGAGCCCCAGAUGGAGACAUGAUGCAGGAGGGACCUGCUGAUCAAGGCGUGCCAGUAAGCAAAACAUGAACCAAACUUCAAGGCUAAGACUGGACCAACAAGUGAACAACAUGUAAUGGGUGGGCCGCAGAUGACUGUGAAAAGAAGACAAUCUCCCCCAUCCUUCAGCAUCUGCCUCAUCCACUUGGCACCACAGCAAGCAAUAAUACAGCUCCCACUGUGCAAAGCAGCCUUUCAUCUCCACUGGGCAUGAAAAGCUUGCCACAAAAGUGGACCCAUAGGCUGCUGAACUAUCAGGUCAAAUGCUACGGGAAAGUUAGUGGGAUCGAGGGAAUGCUACCAACACAAAACUCUUUAAGUGACUGUGCCCAGGGAACAGCGAGUUCUAAGAUGCAGCCUGGACAGCACCAGCUCCAGGAGAGAUGGACCGUUGUUCUGUGUCCUGGACAUCUUGUAAUAUUUCUGUUAUUGUUUGUAAGUGAGAGAGAUCCUUGCCAGAAUGUUUAAGGAAGAAGCGUGCCACGGGAUUGGAAGACCAGGAUGUCAUUUCCCGAGUUCAGUGGAGUGACCACAGCUCUCCAACUUAUCACCUGCGGUUCUUCACAGAAAAUAUUAGGUUUUUUUCUGCAUGCACUGAAUAUGUUUUUUCCUGCAAUCAUGAAUAAUGCAAAAUCUGCAGCUACUCACAGGUUACAUGUUGCAUUUUUUCCUUUAACUGAAAUGGUUGUAUUUGUUGAAGUGCAGAAAGAAAUAAAAUGA